CAAUCCUGCCUAGUCUAUCCUCAUGAUCCUCAACGACUGACACUAAUCCCCUUCAUCCUAUCACAAAGGAAUCCAUUUCAUCCCUAGGGCCGGUCCCGGUCAACCGAUCUCCAUUCUAUGCUGGUUGUAUGGUACCGGAGCAUCCCCGAUCGAUCGAGAAUCCAUCCUUCUCCACCAUCAUGACCAGCUCGACAACCCCCAUGAAACGCUCGUCUUACGAUGCUGGCCUCGAAUCCCCGCGACUAGAAGACACUCGCUCUUCCACUGCACCUGAUGCGCGUCCUAAAGCCCCGAAAAUCUCCAAAGCCCGUGCCUGUGAGUGCUUCAACCCGGUCAUCACGGCCCAAUGAAUACAGAUAGGAGGCAUGCAGGAAGGAAAAAGAAAAAAAAGACAUCGGAUAUGCGGGUUUUAUACUGAAACAUGAUAUCAUGCUCUGCAGGUGCGGAGUGCAAGCGCCAUAAAAUCCGUUGCGAGAUCAAACCGGGAGAAUCGAGUUGCACCAAAUGCACGCGGAGUGGGAUUAAGUGCGUGGUCAAUGACUUCUCGCAGAAGUUUGUCGACGAUGACGGGGUGUGGAAAUCCCAGGCUGCUGCCACGAUCCAACAACUCCAGGCCGCUGUGUCACAUCUUCUCCGUCACGAUGGCUUGCCGGAACUCUCGACAUAUCUUGCUGGUGACACUAGGAAUGGCCCUAGUCCUGUCGCCUCUAACCAUGGAUAUGGUCCCUCCUUUGAUGACUCGCAGUCGAACGCAAGCCACAAUGGCCCAGGGGUUGUACUGGAUGUAACUCGCGAGCCAUCCCAAGAGCCAGACCUACAAGAUCCAGAGCUGGUCCCAGCGCCGAUGCGCAGUCUCUACGAAGUCACCAAGCUGCGCAAUCUGCGAAACAAUUUCGUGGAGAAGCCGAAACUGACACUACUGGAGGAAGAUUUUAUCUCUCGAGGCCUGAUUUCUAUGCACGAGGCCGAGGAGCUCUUUGCCUAUUUCAGUCGGACAAUGAAUCAGUUACUCUGGGGAGGAAUCAUAUUAGUGCACCGUGAUCUUACAUCAGUCCGUCGAGCGUCGACAUUGCUCUCUGCGGCCGUUCUCACUGUCGCCGCCCUCCACAUCCCCAAUCGCACCGACACACUGAACCGUUGCUACAAUGAGUAUGUAUCACUGGUAUCCAGCAUGUCUCUGACCCGUGCACAUACGCUGGAUGACAUACGUGGUCUAUGCGUUGGAGCAUUCUGGCUUUCUGAACUUAGCUGGAAGCUUUCAGGUCAUGCUGUCCGCAUUGCAACGGAACUAGGCCUUCAUCAGAGCUACCAGAAGCUGAUACGAGGUAAAAACGAUCAAUACGAACGAGCACAGCUCUGGUAUCUGCUCUACGUAUGUGAUCACCACUUUAGUAUCGCAUACGGCCGACCGCCUGUCAUGCAUGAGGACCAGGCGAUCAAGAACUGCGAGACUUUUCUCCAGUCUCCAAUGGUAGUCCCUGGGGAUAUUCGACUUUUAGCGCAAGUGGCGCUAUUCAUGAUCUUGACUGAGGCAUAUCGAAUGUUUGGAACCGACACGGAGCAGGCAUUGACAGAGGAGGACUUUGGUCAGUUACGGGUUUACAACGUUGCUGUUGAUCAAUGGCGACUCUUGUGGCAGCCACGAUCUGCCGAUAGCCCAUAUGUGCGCACAUAUCCCUCAAAAGGGGUAGUGCUUCACUAUCAUUUUGCCAAAUUCCAGCUCAACUCACUCUCGCUUCGGGCCCUUUCACCAUCCAACACUCCUGUGUUCUCCAUGGAUCGCAAAGAGUCUGCCAACAUCGCUAUCUCGUCAGCCAUGGCUUGUCUUAAUAUGGUGCUCGAAGAGCAAGACAUUCGAGAUGCCAUCGUCGGCGUCCCCAUUUUCACCCAUACGAUGGUUACCUUCUCCGCCGUUUUCCUUCUUAAGGUUGCUGUCAAUUGGAACUCAGCCUAUCUCAGCAUUGAUGGCCGCCAGGUGCGGCAACUGGUCGAGCGGGUGAUCGAGCUCAUGAAUUGUGUCUCGGCAGGCGAGAGACAUCUCACACGACAUAUUGCCCGGGGAUUGGGCAAGAUGCUGGAACGAUUCGAUUCAUGGGAGACUGCUUGGCAGGGUAACGGGCUUAUGGCUGGGACCGGAGCCAUCGACCGGUCUCGAAACGAGGUGCCUGGUGGAGCAAAUGCCAUGGCACAGGGCUUUCCGCCGCCGGACCUGAUCUACGACAUGGUGGGAACUUAUGGGUUCGGCCUGGAUGAGAAUUUGCUCGACCCCAGUAUGGCAAAUUUCGAGUUUUUGGCGCAGUGAUUGACAUUGUGCGAUGUUAUGGAUACCCUGGACGACGAGAUGACGACAUUUUCACACAAGACUAUAUUGUUUAUGCCGUGUAUAUAUAAACAGUGCUC